AUGGCUCGCGCGCGUCUCUCUGAAUCCGUCGUCGCUGUCGUCGUGGCUGUCGGAGAGCGGCUGGAUCAUCGCGACGUGGACGUUCACGUCCACGUGUCUCGGCGCGUACGCCAUCGGAAACGAAAACGCUCGCGCAGGGAGCGUUUUAAGCAUCGAGGACGGCGAGAUGCGCGAGGCUGUCCUCGGCGCCGCCAAAGGGUGGGCGGCGUGGAGCGUCCCCGCCGCCGCCGGUCUCGCCUGGCUGAGCGAGCACCAGGAGCUCCACACGUCGUUCCCCUCGGGACCGAGCUCGGGUGCGUCCUCGGCGUGAUGAUCUCGUGGCGGGCUUACGUGAAGGUCAUAGGGCUGAUGGGGUGGUGGAGGGAAGGACGGACGCGGAGCGAGAGAGAGGAGGAGGAUUGGAAGUUUUUCUUCGACGCGCUCGCCGCCGCCGCCGUCGUCGCCGUCGCGGGGGGGGUGCUCGAUUUCGUCCUCGCGGGCGGCGGUGAGUGGGGGGGGUCGUCGUGGUGA